AUUUUCUAUAUUUCCAUUCAUAAAAAAAGCACCUCUAUAUUUUCUAUCUUUUCAUCAAACCCACUUUCUUUCUUCUAUAAAUAACAACCUUCACCCACUAUAUCACCUCCCAACCAAUUCCCAUCCUUUACCUCUACUCCAUAAAAAUCAAAAAUCAAAAAUCAAAAAUCAAAAUCCAAAAAGACCCUUAACAAUUCAACAUUUUUUUACAAAAAUAAUUCUAAAAAUGAGGCCAGGAGUAACAAUUCAUAUAGGAGGUACAUUUGGAGCACAAGAACUACCACCACACCAACACCGUCAUGUAGCACCACCCGCGGCCGGGUGGAAGUCCCCGGUGCCAUACUUAUUCGGAGGCCUAGCCGCCAUGCUCGGACUAAUAGCAUUUGCGCUAGUCAUCCUCGCUUGUUCAUAUUGGAAACUCUCCGGCCACCUCGACGCAGGUGAGGAUUCCGGCGAGGUCACCGGAGAUGAGAAACCUAAAGAUAGUAAUACUAAUGCUACCACGGUGUCGUAUCCGAGUAGCAUACUAGUGAUAAUGGCGGGUGAGGAGAAGCCUACUUUCUUGGCCAUGCCAGCAACUAGUAGAACUUCUUCUUUAGGAGAUUAUGAUCAGAGUGAUAAAGCGAGUAGUAGUAGUGGUGGUGCUGACGGUGGUUCUAGUGGCGGAGCUGGUGGUGGUGGGGUGGAGAAAGUGACGGAGUUAGAGACCAGUGGGACAACUCAUGAAGAAGAAAAAAGCAGAGAAAGGACAACCUGAGUAUGUUGGUGGAGGUUAUAGUGUGGGGUGUGGUGGUGGGUCAAUAUUUGUCAAUUAUUUUGCUCAGGUAUGUCAUGGGAUGUACUAGGAGGACCCAUGCAUAAAUUUCUAAUUUCAAAAUUUUCUUUUAAUUGAGGGAGGAAAAUUUAUGAAAAAAAUUGUGCAAUAAAUUUUAAUUAAGAUAAUUAGAUUUGGGUUGAGGAUCAGAUUAGAUUAAGUACAUACGUAGAGGAGGUUUACGUAGAUUUUUUUUAAUAUAAUUUUGUUUACUCUCUCCGUCUGAUGUAAAUCAGGCGGAGAGGGUAAUUUUGUGAGUUGAUGAGUAAUAGGUAGCAAUUAGGUUUGAUGAUUAAAGAAUUUGAGUGAAAUAGGUAACGUUUGUUUUUCCCGA